AUGGCAGAGGUCAAACUGACGUACGCGAGAUAUGGUAAGGACAAAGUUCGGGUCUUCCGCAUCGUCAGGGGUCCGACGCACCACGAUGUGGUCGAAUACACAGUCUGCGCUACGCUCGAGGGGGAUAUCGACGUGAGCUAUACCCAGGCAGACAACACUGUUGUGAUAGCCACAGACAGCUGCAAGAACACCGUCAAUGUGUUUGCCAAGAAGUCAGCACACGUCCUGUCGCCUGAGCUGUUCGCUCUCGAGCUCGGCAUCCACUUUGUGACAAAGUACGCUCACAUUCACAAAGCCCACAUCGACAUCAUCCAGCACAAAUGGACUCGCAUCAACGUCACCGAGACCGGCAAAGCUCAUCCUCACUCCUUCGUCCGCGACGGAGAUGACAAGCGUCUCAUUGGCGUCAUCGUAGACGCGACAAAGGGCACCGACGCUAUCUCUGCCACUGUCAAGUCGGGCAUCACAGAUAUGCUCGUUCUCAAGAGCAGUGGCUCUGCAUUCGAAAACUUCUAUACAGACGAAUAUCGUACACUGCCAGAUGUGAGCGACAGGAUCUUGUCGACCUCUGUAGAUUGCUCGUACACCAUCACGCUCCCGCCGCAGCCCCUGACGCUGACCCGCCUAGACAAGCUUGGCAUAGACUUUGCCGCCAUCGCCACUUCCGUGCGCAACACGACAUUGGACACCUUUGCCACAGAUCAGAGUGCAAGUGUUCAGGCUACGCUUUACAACAUGUGCAAGAAGAUCAUCAGUGACAACAAGGAAGUCUAUGACGUCUCCUACAAGCUGCCCAACAAGCACUACCAUGCCGUCAAUCUUGACUUCAUGGGUCUGCCUAAUCUCAAGCCAGCAGAGGCAGAGGUCUUCCAGCCCGUCGAAUCACCCUCUGGCUUGAUCAUGGCCACUGUCACGCGCGCUUAGUAGAGCUUUCUCAGAGAUUGUAACGAGCGAUUCAUGAAGGG